AUGCUAGCCAAAAUGCCCCCUACAUGGAAAAAUACAAACCCAAACCUUCAUAGUGGAACUUACCUGUAUAAUGACACUGGAUCAGCUACACUCACCAUUCCAAAUGUGACAGCACAGCAUUCUGGACAGUACAUCUGUACAGCAAAACAUCUGAAUACCACCGUGACUUCUUAUGUCAGUGUAACUGUGACUUAUUUAAGGCAGCCUCUGAUCAUUGGGAAUACAACUGUUAAAGAGGGAGAUGUUCUGAAUUUGACCUGCAGUGUGGACAGUAUCCCUCCAGCUCUUAUUGUGUGGAAAAAACCUAGCUCCAACACAAACCUUCAUAUUGGAACUGACACUGAUCUGCACAAUGACACUGGAUCAGCUACACUUGUCAUCCAGAAUGUGACAGCAGAACAUUCUGGAGGGUACAUCUGUGCAGCAAAACAUCUGGACACAACUCUGACUUCUUACGUCAAUGUGACUGUGACUUAUUUAAGGCAACCUCUGAUCAUUGGGAAUACAACUGUUAAAGAGGGAGAUGUUCUGAAUUUGACCUGCAGUGUGGACAGUAUCCCUCCAGCUCAUAUUGUGUGGAAAAAACCUAGCUCCAACACAAACCUUCAUAUUGGAACUGACACUGAUCUGCACAAUGACACUGGAUCAGCUGCACUUGUCAUCCAGAAUGUGACAGCAGAACAUUCUGGACGGUACAUCUGUGCUGCAAAACAUCUGGACACAACUCUGACCCCAUAUGUUGAUGUGACUGUGACUUAUAAAAGGAGACCACUGAUAGCUGGGAAUACAACUCUUAAUGAGGGAAAUGUUCUGAAUUUGACCUGCAGUGUUGAAAGUAUCCCUCCAGCUCUUAUUGUGUGGAAGAAAGUUAGUGACAACACAAAUCUUCAGAGUGGAAUUCACACUGAUCUGCACAAUGACACUGGAUCAGCAACACUUUUCAUCUCAAAUGUGACAGCAAAAGAUUCUGGACAGUACAUCUGUGCUGCAAAACAUCUGGACACAAUUGUGACCAUAAAUGUCAGUGUGACUGUGACUUGGCUAUCAAAUAUUCAAAAUGGUUCAGGAUGUGUGCUUCAGUCACAGAUCUUGACCUGUGUGUGUAUCAUUGAAGGGUUUCCUUUACCUACCAUCCAGUGGUUGCCCCUCAAGAACAACACUGAGUACUCUGUCAUUACUGCUGUGUCAAAUGACACAGUCAACAGCACUGUCAGCCUAAAUGUAGAAAACCAUGGCAACAUCACUUUUGAAUGUGUCAGCAACAAUGGAAAUGAAGAAGCUAAAGAAAAAUUCACAAUCCACAACAACUCUAAAAAAUAUGAGCAACCAUUAGAUUUAAGCAAGGGAUACCUAAAAGUCAUCAUUGCCUUUUUGAUUGGGACACUUCUUACAGCAGUUGUUUGCUUUUUGGCCAAAAAGUAUUACAGAAAAAAACAGAAGAGCUCUGGAAACCUUCAUGAGACUUUGGAGAUGGACAGACGUCAAGAUGAUCCACAGGUAUAUGAUUGUUCCCUAUUAGAAGAAAAUCAGACUCUCAACCUAAACCGUGGACCAAAAGAAGUGGAGUAUGCUGACACUAAUUUAUCCUUUUGAAAAGAAAUAGUGCCAGGGAAGCAUCAAGGAGGAAAGCAAUAAAUGAUGCUCAAAUUAAGAAAGUAGUACAAGAAGAAGGGGGAGAUGAUGGUGGAGAAGAAGGUGAAAGAGGAGGAGGUGGUGGUACUGGAGAUAAAAGACUGUUUUCCAGAAAAGGAGGACGGACAUAAGGAUAAGUAUUUGUUUUAAAUGUCCAUCUGAUCAGAAAAAAGUGCUUGUGGCCAAUAUGGUUCUCAGUUUCAGAAAAUAUUAAAUAAUCAAAUGUUCCAGUGUCAGCUUGUCUCUCAAAUUAUCUGAAAAAGCAUGAUAUUUUAGAAAAAUGUCACGGUUGAUACAAAUUUUAGAUAUAUCUUUAUUAUAUUAAAAUCUCCAGUUUAAUCUUAGUCUUAAGUCUAUGUGUUGUGGAAUGAUUUUUUCCUGUUUUAUUGUUGAGAUGGCAAAUGCCCACCCUGAGAUUGUCUUGUUAGAAACAUUGAAAAGAUGUA